AUGCAUUAUGUUCUGUCUGCUAAAACCUCUCCUUCGGACUGGCUAGUUGAGGAUGUCGACGCGGAACCAAAUGGCUCAGCGAUUGCCAGACUUUUAAAAGAGUUACCGCCGAACUACAGGCCACCAUCUGUUUUGGGAAUUGCUGUUCCACUCACAGAAAACUUUUAUAAUGCUGACCCCAGCAAACCUAAACAGAGGGAUUAUUUUACAAAUUCAAAAAAUUCUGGACAAUACAAGCAAUGUGCUGGCAAGUCAAAGCGCUCCGAAUGUGGAUGUACAGAAAAUAUGAAGCUGUCAUUUUCUGUUGCCUUUUCUGAUUGCAAGGAGAAGGCCCUGCGAAUGAAAUUCCCAGUAUCAAGGCUUCCUCUCUAUUUCACCAUUGAGGAUGAGGGUCGCUCUGUAAAUCUGACAUCUCCUUAUUUUAUCACAAUCACAGAAGUCAACAACAGAACCAACUGGAAAGUUUCAGGUACCAAUAAAACAUCAAGUAUGUUAAAAAUGAAAAAAUAUUUGGAGCACAGACUCAAAACUGAACUAUAUAAUCCAGAUGGCCUAUCUAUAACGAUAACUGGAUCUGAGCUUUUCCAUUUCAGGGUAUCAACUAUUCCUGGAGUCUCCUUUUGUAACUUAUUUGACGAAUUUCAGAUUUAUAUUGACGAUUCUCCACUGGCAUUCCCAGGAAACUAUCUUAUCAGUACAAUGACAUCUAUAUUAAUUGGAGGCAUUAUUUUUGUGGCUUAUAUUCUGUAUGUAUUUGAAAUUGAGAUAUGGAACUUCUUAAAAAGGAAACUAAGAAGAAAUAAAGUGGCAUCAAAACCCUCACCCAAGAGAGAUUCAGUAAAUUCUGGUGAUUCUGCAGGAAUUUGACUGGCAAUAGUAAU